GUGUCCUUGGCUGACAGGAUAUAAAGUCGUGUGGUCAGUUGGACGGACAAAAGUGAAGGGAAACAACAGAAAUCUGUCCAACAGCCAAACGACAAGAAAACAUUAGACAGAGAGAGAGACAGACAGGACAGCGUGGGGAAUGUGUCCUGCGUGGCUUUUGGUGGCUGUGGCGGUGGUGGGCGUGGUCAGAGGAGCUGUCAGUCAGUGCUGGGAACAUCCGAGCUGUCAGGAGGUCAAGUCUGAGGGCAGCAUGAUGGAAUGUAUCCAGCUCUGUCGCUCCGACCUCACCGCAGAGACACCUGUCAUCCCAGGCGACAACCACCUCCAACCUGUUCCUCCAUCAGAUCUCGAUUCUCUGCCUCCCCUCCCUCUUUUAUCUUCCCCCUCCUCUCCUCAGGCCAAGCGCUCCUACUCCAUGGAGCAUUUCCGCUGGGGGAAGCCUGUUGGACGAAAGCGCCGCCCGGUCAAAGUCUACACCUCAAACGGCGUAGAAGAAGAGUCAGCCGAGCUUUUCCCCGGAGAGAUGAGGAGGCGGGAGCUCACCAGCAAGCUGCUUGCAGCGGAGGAAGAGGAGAAGGGGCAGGAGGUGGCAGAAGACGAGCAGGAGCAGCUCCCAGGUGACAUCCACGAAAAGAAAGACGGUGGGUACAAGAUGAAGCACUUCCGCUGGGGUGGCCCACCGGCCAGCAAACGCUACGGUGGCUUCAUGAAGAGCUGGGAUGAACGCAGCCAGAGGCCGCUGCUCACGCUCUUCAAAAACGUCAUCAACAAAGACGGACAGCAGGAGGGAGAGCAGUGAGGGAGUGAGAAGGAGAGGGAGGAAAGAGCUCGAAGAGGAGCAGAGACAUCGGCCAACAAAUCCCCCAAAAUAAAAACAAAAUAUGAUGUUUGUCACUGAUUUUAAAAAAAACCACCCAUCUGAGUGUUUUUCUGACUCCUUUAUUGGCACCUACUUGUCUCCUAUAAAUUACCUUCAUAUAUACACAACUUGUUUUUUCCUUUACAUGCUUAUGAGAAAUCAUUGCCUAAAUAACAUUCACAGCUUGUAACUAACAAUUAUUUUCAUACCGCAUAAUCUUCUGAUUAUCAUCACGUUAAAUCUUUCAGUCUGUAAAAUGUGAGAAAUGUGUGAGGGUCUGUGUUCACAUAGCGUUUUUCUCUGGCAGAAAAGCAGUGGCAGGGCGCUGGCGAGCACUUCAUAAAAAAUUAUGCGUUGCACUUGGGUUUUGGUUCUGUGGCAAGGUUAACAUUAGCUAGGUUGCUAGUGUAAUGCUACAUUAACAAAAAAGAGACUACACAGUUAACAACAAGCUUACAAUGGUGAUAAAAGAACAACACUCACCAGCAACUUUCAGUGUCCGCCAGCCAAUUUGCUCCCACACAUGGGCUUCUCUGUCUUUGUUGUGACAGUAGAUAGUAGCUAAAGGAGGGGUGAUUUUCGACUCGUAGCACUCGGAGUGCCGUCAUUGGGAACAACUGGAAAAAGAUACCAGCAAUGAGAAAAAGAAAAGAAAAAAAAAACCCAGUGUGGACACAGGCACCUUUUUUCAAAACUCCAAGUUGACACUGUUAAAUUUCGUACUAUUGCGGUAAAUAUUCAUGAUGGAGCAUUUUUGCUUAAAUUAAUGACUUUAACAAGACAUUGAUUGUCAAAAUAUUUGCUGAUUCUACCAUCAGGGUGGAUAGAUGACACCAGAGAGCAGGGUUUGCAUCUUGACUCCUGCGUGUGAUCAGGUUUAGACAACAGAAUCUCUUCAGUUGGGUUUAGGGUUAAACAUGGGUAAAAACAUGAUAAUGUGGCCUCGCUGUUGACUCAGUAUUAAACCACAACCAUGAUACUCCCAAACCUUAAAGGCCUGAAAGCAUAUUUUCUCAACCAGCUUCUUGCCACGACUGAAGGCUUCCCAUGAACACACACUUUUCUGCCAAAGUUAGUUUUUAACAUAAUAGAUUUAAAAAUAUAAUGUAUCCAUUUAUAAAGAAGUAGGCCUACUUCAGAUUUGGGCUUUUAUGAGCACUUAAACAUAAUAUUAAAAAAGUUUGCUGUAGUUGCUACAUGUGUGUGUAUCGCAAGAACAGAAAAGAAAAAUCACUUUAAAAUUUUCCACAUUAUUUUGACAUAAAACACAUUCCCUUUUAAAACAACUUGCUGUUCCAAAUGAGUACUGUAUAAAUGUAAUUUCGUGGAGACGGUGUUACAACACUAGACAUCGACAUUUGUCAGUGAUUCAUAUUAACAUUUUCUGCUCUGCCACCUUGAUGGUUAAGGUUUGGUUCAGUUCAGGCAACUACUCGGUGGAGAUCAGGAAUUAUUGUUGUCAUGAUCUCACAUUAACUGUAAGCAGGAGAAAUUAUUUUCAUACUUUAAUGACCAAUCAAUACCAAUCUCUGUUCUUCUGCCUGACUGUAACUCCACCCACAGGGAUCAGACCAGGAAUGAGAGAGACAGAGAGAUGAACAGAAAAAGAUAGAAAAAUGUUUUAUAUAUUCAUUCAUGUAAAUAGCUAUAAAUAAAGUGAAAAAAAAGUUAUUUGCAAGCAAA